AGUCACGCAGACUUUCCACCUAUAAGUAGACGCUCUUUUGUUUUGACACCCUCUCCUUCGUGAAUCAUAUUUAAUCUACACUACCUCGUUCGCGCUUUGAUGAGGCUGCUAUUUUGAUAAUUCUGAUCAUUUUGUAGCAUAGGGAUGAAACUAUUUGGUAGGGUCAAAUGCUCUGGUAUAUUAAUUUUUAUUCCAAUUUUUAGUGCGACGUCUGUGUUGUUUAUCUGAAAAUGUCGAAGUCUAGCACUAUAUCUUCACUUGCUCGUCGCUCCAGCAACCGUUCCGGUCUGUUAUACCAGGCGCAGAUUGGUCCUAGUGCGUGUGAUGAUUGCACCCCAGAAGAUGACGCGCUACAAGAGGAUAGCAGGGAUCAUGCAUUCCCCGUCGUGGAAGGACAGCACAGUGCUCCACAAGCCUCAAAAACUUCCCCCGAUAGCCCCGACAUCAGCUCACCCGGUGCGAUUAAAAAAUCCGCCAGCAAAAGCAAUAGUAUAAUGAUGAAAGCACAGUUGAGCAGUCUAAGCGACAAUUUGUCCCAACUUAUAGGGGGACCUAGUGGUAAAAACGCCGGUCACAAGUUACACGUGCUGAAAAAGCAAGAUAGCUUUCUGGGAUCGCCGAACAAAAAGGGCGUUGACGGUCUUCACGAGGACGGCUGCUCUCAAGGUUAAGGCUAGAAGAAAUCCAUUUUCAGAAGCAUCCUGAGGCCGUUUUCAAGGGGAGAAAGGUCCUCGGAUGCGUCUCAAGAUGGAUUUCUCUUAGUUCUAACAAGGAUUUGACGAAGAUGAUGACGACAACUACAUCAUCGGGGAAGAUGGUGUGCGGGUUCGGAAACCACCUGCUGCCCAUACAGGUGGCGUACGAACAGCGGAAGUGAAAACAGCACCAAGGUUAAAAGCGACAGACGCAGUAAGGACCAACACGUGGGAGCAUAGGAUCGUCACGCAUGCCCGCUUCGAGCCUAUCAUUGGGUGGAUGAUCGUGAUCAAUACGCUGUAUAUGGGAACCGAGUACCAGUUAGACCCACAAAUGGUGAAGGAUAACUUCGGCUACUUCGAAGUGGUGGAUUUGCUAUUCCUCUGUACCUUCACGUUUGAGCUGUAUUUGCGGAUAUCAGUGUUUGGCACUAGGAACGUGUUGGGGAAUCCGAUCUACGCUUUGGAUUUCUUUAUCGUCAUCUUGGGAUUGGUGACAGAGGUAGCCUUGCCAUUGUAUGCGGGAACGUUCUUGAAGGGUGAAAUGGGCGACGGGUCGGAACUGGUAUAGCAUUCUUCAAUGUCAGAACUGGUAUCUAAUAUAGCAUUCUUUUAUGUAGUCACGGUGCAGGUAGAAAUGGGCGAUGGGUCGGAACUGGUAUCUAAUAUAGCAUUCUUCAAUUAAGGCUCAACUUUCAAUGGUCAUUGGGGUUGGUCACUGGGAUCGCAGAGAGGCUCUCCUUAGAAAACAGGGGAAAACACAGGGAGAACAAGUAGAGGGGUAAAGGGCCCUUUUCUUUCAGCAUCAGUGACCAAUGAAUGCUGAGCUUUAAUUCAAUGUCACGGUGCAGGUAGAGGCGUAGGUAGAGUCCAUCUAGAAAGAGGACUUAAUAUAGCAUUCUUUUAUGUCACGGUGCAGGUAGAGGCGUAGGUAGAGUCCAUCUAGAAAGAGGACUCCUGAUCAAUCAAUUUUGGAAAAAAUCCACCAUCAAAAUCCACCGCAGGACCGCAUGAUCCGCUCAGCUCGUGCUCUUCGUGCCCUCCGUGUCCUCCGCGUGAUCACGCUAAUCGAGCAGCUAUGGGGUGUCGUGGAGCUCUUCUUCUACGCUCUCGGCCCACUUUUUUGGACAGUGCUGUUCAUCUUGAUCAUCAUCUUUCAGUUUACCAUCUUUACGGUCGUCUUGGUCGGUCGUUCGGAUAUGGGUAGCGAAACCGAAAUACGGCGUGCUCAAGGCAACUUUGACAGGACAGUGAACACUUUUCUGAGCCUGUUUCAGAUCAUGACAUUGGAUGGCUGGCUGGAGGUGAUUCAGCCGUUCUUCGAACGACAUCCGUGGACCUAUGGCUGGUUCCUGAUCUUCAUCUCCCUCACCGCAUUUGCGUUGAUGAACUUGGUUACGGUCUCAGUCUUGGAAACGGCGCGUGAGGCGCAAGCAAGGAACCAGCAAGCGGAAGACAUUAGGCAGAAGAUGACCGCGAUACAGGACUUGUACGACUUCCCAGGGGAAGGAAACGACUUAACCACGAAAGACUUCUUCGUGAACCAUUGGAGGGAUAGCAAGACUUUUAGCGCAGUGUUCUCCAAAUUGGAUUUGAACGAACAGGACGCUGAAGGCUUUUUCGAAGCCUUGGACUUGGAUGGGAGCGGUAGCUUGGACCAUUUCGAACUGAGUACGACGUACAUUUAAGGCUUCCAAGUUGGCAUCAUCUCUAACUAUGAGCAUCUCUAUAAUGCAUGGUUUCAUUCUCCAAGUUAGUAGGAAAGAGAUAGAAGAUAUGCGACCUACUAGAGGGGUCGUGCCAACUUUCUUCAACGGCUAAUACAUGGAACUGGUCCGAAACGUUUUGAACGAUCCCUCACUCGUAGCUUUGAUCCGCUCCGCAGCUGACCCGCAAGAACGCAGCGAACUGCUAAAAUCGACGAUGGAACGAGCGUCGCAGCAGAGAAUAGCCGAGGAGCAAAAGCAGCAAAUGCAACUUUUACAAAAAACAGUGGACAUGAGCCAAAGAGAAAUAGCGGAAGUCAAAGCUUUGAUGAUGCAGAUGCGGAAAGACAUGCUAAAGGCGUUGUCUAAUGUGGGAGGUUCUGGCGCAUCUUCGCAAAGAGGCAGAGGGGGUAGCCAAGACCGUGGAAAAGAUGGAGACAGAAACGAUCGAAAAGAUGGAGGAGGACGUAGUCCCAAAGAUCAUGAGAGAAAUUCCCCAAGGACCACAAGGGAUCACUACCAUAAACAAGACGGUAGGAUGGAUGGCCGGGACCACAGAGAUAGAGAUGGCAAGGAUAGACAUGGUCGUGGAGAUAAGGAAACAAGGGAUCAUGCUGGAGGCGGCAAAAGUAAAUCUUCCCCUAUGAGAGGGGAAUCUUCCUUUAGAGAUAGAAGGGAGCUGCCGCGAGGCCAAUCGAGCAUUGCUUCCAAUCAGAAUUCCCCAUCCUCGCUGCACGACCCAGCUGCACCAGGAGCCGGUGGAGCACUCGGUGCUACCGCAGGGUCUCUAGCUAGUGUCGAGACAAGGGCUAGUUCAAACUCGCCUAAUAAACGUGGCGUAAGUACUAGUACAACGAAUGAAGAAAUGUUCGACAGCCUACAACGUUUGGUAGACAAGGACAAGGAAAAGGAGCAAGCUUCUGCUCUAGCAAUGCAACAACAAGUGGCUUACGUGGGUGGAGGUGGAUUUCAACCUGCUGUCAGUGCUUCGAUGGGACUCGGCAACAUCAACUCGCCAACAUCUUUUUCAUCGAUGUCACCACAAAAUGCCCAGCAAGUCCAACAAAUGCAGAAUUCUUCCACCACUUCACUCAACAUGCACUCACAAAACAUCAACAACAGUCUGAACAACGCUAGUCCUGCUCACCAUCUGCAGCAAAUGCAGCAGCAGUAUUCGCAAGUGAAGAGGCCGGGAGGAGCUCAGCCUGGUGGGAUGUCGAACAUAGGUGCUAUGUGGGCAAGGGGAUCAGAAGGAAGUAGUCGAGGGUCUGUUCUGUGGUAAUAAUGCGUCAUGGCCUUAUCAGGUGGUUGUUCUCCGAUCUUCCUUCCGCGAGUCCGUUCUUUCCAAUCUCCAAGGCGUUUAGACGUUUCAAUUGACGCGUCCGAUGUUGAGACAACAUGAUAAAAAUUUCAAUCUUCUCAAGCUGCUUUUACAUUUCACAGAGAUCCCCAAUCAUUCCGGAUCAGAAGGAAGUAGUCGAGGGUCUGUUCUGUGGUAAUAGUUCCGGUUCCGCCCAGCUUAAGUUGUAGACUAUUGACUAUCUUGAUGAUAGUGGCCCUUUUCUCUCUUAUAUCUUCCGCUGGUCUGUCUUUUUUCUAGUUAGGUCGGCUCCACCACAACUAUUGACUAUCUUUCUCUGGUCUUUCUUUUUUCUAGUUAGGUCGGCUCCGCCACAAUUAUUGAAUUUGAAAAAUUUGUAUUGUUUUACCCAUGAAGAUUCAUCAUGAUGAUUGCCCUCGAAGAUGAUCUUAGCGUUGAUGACGUCUGGCAAGAAGAACAGUUGGCGCAACCUUAGAGAUCUGGUCGGAAGCAAUAAAAAAUGCUCAGAGCUUUGAUAACGACUUGCUUUGCUAUACUAUUCCAGACUUUGACGUCAUUUUGGAAAGAGAUUGAAAGUUUGCCUUUUGCGUUUGCUGAGGACACUGAUGCCACUUGCAGAGCAGAACUCUGCGUCGUCGAGACAAUCAUAGUGAAGACCGUCUUCUAGAAGUCUGCAAUAUCUGUCACAAAAGCGC